UGCGGAUGGCGCUGAGACGCGACUGCGAUCCUCGGCUCGGCCAGCAGCUCGUUCUCCCUUCGCUUGCUUGCUUCCGCUUCCGCUAACAGCUAGCGGCUUUCUGCCCUAGGUGACCAUGGCGGGGAGCAGGCUGGAGACGAUUGGGAGCGUGUAUACCCGGACGAGGAAUCUGAUGCGUGCUGGAGUGUUGAAGGAGAAGCCGCUGUGGUAUGAUGUAUAUGAGGCCUUUCCGCCGCUGAGAGAGCCUGUCUUCCGAAGGCCCCGUUUGCGAUAUGGCAAAGCCAAAGCCGACAUCCAGGACAUCUUUUACCGGGAGGAUCAGAUUCGAGCGAAAUUCUUUUCUACCUAUGGAUCUGGUCAGAAAGCUUUUGAUCUGCUCAACCCAAACUUCAAGUCUACCUGUCAGCGGUUUGUGGAGAAGUACAUGGAGCUGCAGAAUCUCGGAGAGACAGAUGAAGAAAAGUUAUUUGUGGAGACAGGGAAGGCUUUGCUGGCAGAAGGUGUCAUUUUAAGACGAGUAAGAGAAGCAAGGACUGUCAGUGUCAGACCCCAGGCUCUGUUGGAAGGAAACCAGCCUCGGGAAGAUGCCCAGGAGCAGCCUGCACAGGAGCAGCAGGAGCCAAGGACAGAUGUCCCCCCUCCCGGAGGCCCUUCCAUGCACUGAGCAUACUCACCACCCGGAUACUGCUGAACUUCUGGAUUCCGUUGGUCUCCACCCCAGGCACAUCUGCCUGGCUUCUCAUAGUUGCUGUUUCUGGGUUGUCAUAAACCUCAGUACCAUGGUUUGAGAGUGCCAGUUCUGUGAACUUUUGUUCAUGACGCGGCUAAAUAAAGGGUUCUUUGAUGCUUUCAAAGUCACUGUCCCCAGGAACCCUCUACAGGUGCCCUGGGCUGGCUGUGGGCUGCCACACCUGUACCUGGCCAUUUUUCUUACUUGGAUCCCACAGGGUUCUACUUGCCCACGUGGUGUGGUCCCUCGACCAAGUGUUGCAGGUGGCAUUUGUACUUUUUCUGUAGAGCUAUUGACUGCAGCUCCAGAGGCCCAGCAGAGGCCCAGCCAGCUGCAGUAAGACUGAAGACCAGUCCGAUGUAGCCAAAGACCCAAGCCAUAAGUUGGAAGUCAUGAGUUAAGUGUGUGGGCUUUGCAGCUCAUAGGCUGCUUAGAAAAUGUUUGUUGGAUGAAUAAAUGAUCACACCUUACUAAA